AUGGCCUUUAAAGAUCCCUUCCUACCCAACGCAUUCUACGAUUCUAUGAACAGAUUUAAGAAUUCAUCCAUUUUAAACUGUGAAACAAUGCUGGUGGCGACCGAUUGGUUUUCUGCAACUGCAGUGGUGCUUUUUGGGGAGGAAAUUUUGGUUACACUCUUUAUCUUGGGCUUCGAGACCAAGUGCAUGCGACAUGUUGGUUGUGUAGAGGAGGAGGAUGAUACUGAAUCACGAGAGGAAGAAGAGAAGGAAGAAUUGAAAAGCUAUUCAAGAAGAAAGAUUUUUUCCAACGGGAGCCGCUAUGAGGAUACAGAAAAAGAGGGACAAAGCGAACGUGGGGAAUCACAGAGAGGAACAGACUUCAAAAGACUGCUGUCAUUAGCAGGAGAUUCAUUUUCACAGUUCCGGUUUGCUGAUGAGAAAGAAUGGGAAAGAGAAAGCAUAUGCAAUAAGCAGCUGUCUGCACUCUCUAUUGACUGCCAGUCUUUGGUCCAGGCCCUUCAGGAAUUGCCUCUACAUGUGAGACUGAAUGUAGCUGCUGAACUUGUGCAGGCAUCGACACCUGCAGAGCUCCCACAGAUGAAAUCUAAAAUUAUUGAAGACAGCAAGAGGAGAGAGCUGCUAAAAAAACAAAGCGAAGCGGUGCCAGUCUCCCACCCUGUCGGUGAGUCUCUUGCCCCAUCAGAUCCUGGAAGUAAAACCGGUGCUCGGGCAAAUGCAGUGGAACCGUUUCAGCGAGCUCAGCCACGAUCAAAGCAAGAAAGUGACCAUUUGGAUGAAGAACUGGAUCUUCUCCUAAGCCUGGAUGCUCCCGUUGGUACAGAAAGCAGACCUGCCUCAGGUGCAUUAUCCUACAGCGCAUCAACUGAGAAACAUCCGAAAACGGAUUGUCAGGAAGACGACUCUUUAAAACAAGAUAUGCCUGAAGAGAAGAAUACAGCAUCACACCAACAGCAAAGUACAUCUAAAAAUGUUACUGAAGAAGAGCUUGAAGACUGGCUGGACAGCAUGAUAUCCUGA